AUGUCUACAUUGGAACAACUGGAGCUUGAGGAGUUCGGUUUCCAAUUGAGACCAGCGGUUCAGCUGUUUGAUUCGGCUGAAGUGCAAGAUUUGGACGCACACCACUAUAACUGUCUGGCAAUCUCAAAUAAACACAAUUUACUAUUUGCCUACCUCAACAAUAAACUCAAGCUUAUCAAUACUCAGGAGCUCGACAAGCUUCUUUCUACCGAUCCAGACACUGAUCAAUAUACUGUUGGAUGUUUGCAGGAGUUUGAGCAAGCUGGUUGCCUUCAAAUAGUAAUAUCCGCGGACGAGUCACAGCUGAUCAUCGUGAAACAAAACAUCAUAGAACAGGCUAACAUUGACAGUUUGAAACAGGGCACAUGGGCUACAGAGAAGCUCACUUCAGUGGACUCUGAGGUAGUUCACCUUGCUCCUGGCGCACCAGGCAUUUUUGCUUAUCUGUUGGCUAAUGGCCAACUGAUGCUGUUUGAUGGAACUGGAACUAAGACUCUUCGUCAAGAGUGUAGUUGUUUCAGCUGGACAGACGGUAAUACCCUAUUAAUUGGCGUGGAAUCUCAUCUUGAGUUGCUCAGAAUAGAUUCUGGGAGCUCAGAGACCAUCUCCCUCGAUGAAGAUCGCAAGCCCAUCUUUGUGACGGCCUUAGAACCAGACAGUUGGCUGGUGGUUCUUGGUGGCGAGACAGAAGAUGACGACACAAAAUCAUACGUUGUUACCAGAAAUGGUGCCACGUUUGAGAAGAGCGAAGCGUACGACAUUUGCAUGCCUUUUGGUGUAAUUCCACGAAAACUGAGUUUCUACGCUCUCCAUUUGCACAAUUGGAGCUCCACCUACCCGCACCUGGCAUUCCUCACUAGCUCUAAAUCUACAGAGUUCAACACGUUAACAAAGACACAGCAAAUAUUGCAACUGAACGAUUCUGAUAGAGCGCAAAUGCCUUUGGACCCGGACUCAGGAGAUGAUGAUACGCCUCUUGGCCUGGUGCUUGAUCUAACAGGGAAACUGGAAGUUUUGGAACCUUGUCAACAGGUUGAAAAAUGUGGUCCUCUGCCUAAGAUGAUUGCCCUUACCAAUAGAGGACAAUUGUUGGUUUGGAACAUUUGGCUGUCUACUGAUAUCAAUGCUGGUAAGGUUGACCUUGAGGCUGCUAGGAAAGCGGCUUUGGCUGAAACAGGAAAGACUGAGGUCAUACCGUCUAUGAAAGGUAAGCAAGCGGUGCCAGAGCAAACGCUACCUAAGGACUCUGGUUCUUCUUUCUCCCAGAAUAAAACUAGUUUGUUUGGACAGUCCGAAAAGCCAGCCAUACAAAAUCCAUUUGGAUCUUCCGCAGCCACAUCGUCUCCAUUUGGAAAGUCGGGUUUUUCAGCAGCUUCAGGAAGCUCUGCAUUUGGAAAAUCAGGAUUUGGUCAAUCUGCUUUUGGUUCUGCAGCUUCCGGAUCUUCCAACUCCUCUGGGUUUGGACAGUCAGGUUUUGGAUCCUCUGGAUUUUCUUUUGGGCAAUCCAACUCUGCGGUGAAUCCCUCUUCACAAAAUAGCACGGCCGCCGCAAAAGGUUUUGGAGCCUUUUCAUCCUUCAGCUCAGGAACGAAUGCUUUUGCUUCCAAAUCAUCGUCACCUUUCAAUCUUCAACCUAAAGAGGAUAUAUUCGCAAAUGCCGACAAAAAAGAUAAUUCACCGUUUGGAGGGGCCAAAAAUGCAUCUGGGAAUUCUGGCUCCAGUUUAUUCGGACAAAGCAGUUCAGCGUUCAAAUUUGGGUCCGUUAAUCAAGCCUCUAAAGACAGUCCGUUUGCGCAAUUAAGCUCAAAGCCAGCUGGCCAAGAGGAGAAGAAGGAUAGCCAGUUAAGCUCAGGAUCAAGUCCUUUUGGAUCAGAAUUCAAGACCUCUCUCGGCUUGGACAAUCUAAAACUUGACACCAAGUUACAAUCUCCAAGUCCAUUUGCAAGCUUGUCGAAAAAUACCGAGAGUCCAUUCUCAUCACUGAAUAAAAAGUCAGAAAAUCCAUUUGCAACUUUGGGAAACAAGGAGAGCGCACCUUUCCUGAACUCGAAGACUCCUGCGUUCAAUUUCUCACAAUCAAAGCCGGAAGUGGACGAAGAUGCUGAAAAGAUUAUUGGAGAUUCGGAAGACGAGAGCGAGGAAAUCGUCGAGAGCGAAGAGAAUACUGAAGAAUCUGGGGAAGAUGAUGUGCUCGAGGAGAACGAGGGUGAGGAUGAAGAGAAGGCUCCAGAAAUUCCUUCUUUGGAAGAUUCUGACAUUAGUGAGCGCUCAGCCGAGUUGGAUGGAAGCUUCGAGGAGAUUGAAAGGCCGGAGAGCUUGGACGCUUCAGCCCAGAAAACUGAGGAAUCACAAGAGGCAGCUGAGGAUGAGUAUGACAUUAAAAAAGACAGUGAAGGACAACCUGUGGCCCCUUCUGCAGCGAGCCAAGCCUCUCAAUCACAGACAGAGGAAAAGAACGCUGAGCAGUCGCAGGAAGUCGCCAUACUGCCCGAGACCAAGCACUCAGAUGACACCGCUGAGACGGAACAGGACUCGACUGUGGAAACGCCACAGAGCGACUCCAACGCCGACCAGUCAGUAUCUGAAAGUGCUUCUGAGCUCUCAGCCAUGCCUUCUGCUGUGGCACAGAGCGGACCAGAAGCAGAGAAGGCAAAACAGGAGCCCGCUGCAGAGUUUAUGCCCACACCCAAAUCGCCUCUUGUUGAGAAGUCCGUGUCCACAACCGAAUCUAAGGUGGUGGAGAAAAAUGUUGAUUUUGGAGAAAUUGACGAAGAUUCAGGACCAAAAGCGGUUCCUCAGCUGGUCUCGCUGGGGUCCGUGGCUAUUCCACAGCUGAGUUCCAACGAAGUGCUACGUGAAAUGGAAAAGAUCGUAUACCACACCGACGCAGAGUUUAGCAUUUUGGAUGAAAACAUACGGCUAUUCAAAGAGUUUAUGGAUGACCACACAUCCGGAAAAUCCCCACGCAAUUUCAAAGACCACAGUCUGUUUCCUGCGUCCUGGAGACUGUCUGAGGUAGGAAAGCUUUCCGAAGUCAUUGACCAAAACUCAGUAGACUAUGCUAAGCUGAAAGCUGAUUUGGGUGCUACAUUCGACAGUACAAGCUCUUUACUCUUGAAGCUGAACGCUAUGACGAAACAAAGUGAUAAGAUUUAUAGCGUGCUGAAACAGUUGGAGCGCGACCGGAAAAACCCUCGUUUGGAGAAGAACCUGUCUCCUGCCGCGUCCCAACAGCUGGAUGCUAUUCGCAAGGGAUACGAGAGGCUCCGCGAUAUGGAGAACAAUUUGCAUGCACGGUUAUUUGUCUUGAAUGGAAGGCUAUUCCCUGAGCGCGUUCUUGACUCGCCAACCAAUUUUGAGGUGAUCAUUUCUGGUCUAGAUGCCAAACUGAGAACAUAUUACGACGAAUUGAAGUAUUUACAGGAGAAGAUCAACGAGUACAAGGCCAAAGACAAGCCUGUCACGAAGCUACAGCAGCAGUUCGACAAGCUGAGUGUGGCAUCGUUUGUUUCGCAGACUACUGCCAAAGAACAGCUGAGCACGUAUUUGCAGGGCCGCAAAUCUGUGACUCACACGGUGGAGCUUUGA